AUGAGGUACCAGAACUGGGACGUGCUCCUCUUUCCUGGGGAUUCGAGGACUCCCAUCCAGGAGUUCGAUACGAGAUGUUUCGUGUUGGGACAGAACACGGGCUUCUCCUCAGGGGAGGCCACGGCCGAGAAAUAUCGGAGCAACUUUGAAUCAAUGACAAUGGUUCCCAACGUUGUCUCCUUCAUUGCGAGUCUCGAGCGUGGCGCGGCGUUCCGAGUCUCAAUCCACAGUUGGGAUAAACCCACUCCCUCUCACCUCUUGCUCAGCUACAAGACGCCAGACGAGGCAGUUCUGUUUGCGGCACGGGUGUACAUUGACGGAAUUCUCGUGGCUCACCGCACAUUUGACGAGAAUGUGUGGCCAGAGGAGAUCCAGGUUGUCCUGAUCAGUCCCUUGUACACGGAGAAGGCUGACUGUGCAGGCCGCGAGUCUCAAUACCUCCAGUUUCCUAAGUUCCACCAAGAACUCAUCCGGCAACCCGGCUGGGAUGCCAAUGAGCUCAUGGGCCGAAUCAGGGUUGUGAUUGCAGAAGGGGUCAUGAGAGACAACACUCCCCCUGCUGCUUCAGCUUUUAGGUUUGACCACCUCCGAGACGUCGUCGCCUUCUCUUUCCAGCAUGCUCCACAGGACAUUCUCGAGUACUCAGGGAUCGCCUGGCCAAAUCCAAUGAUGUUCGAAAACUCCUCCAGCAAACCACCGCGACCUGUGCCCAUCGGCUCUCGAGUCUCUGGCGUUUCAGGCCACGAAGCUCAUUCGCACUCACCCCAACGACUGCCUCCAAUAGGGUCACGAAGUAAAAGACUGUCGUUGCAUGAAAACUAUCAAACUUCGUUGGAUGCACAUCACCACUCGGAGCUUCAGCCCGACUCCAUCAGCGACGUUGCCAAUGUCGGGGCCUUGAAGAACAAGCCCACCGAGGGUCAGGCCCUCGUCAAGCUGGUGGCGCAUGAUGAUGGGCCCUUUAUCUCUCCGCACCAGACCCCAACGUCAAUACAGCAGUGGCGUCUGCAAUUGAGGUCAAGUAGCCACGACAUCUCCAUGUCGGAUUACACAUCCAGCAAGACUGAUCGUAGCGUCGUCAACACAGAGAUGUCUGGGGUCAGCGUUCCGCGAGCCAACUUCAUGAAGCACAUGAAUGAGGCCAACCUCGAGGAGAUCCUACAAGCUUUGAGUCCUAGUCGUCAAGAAGAACUAUUCAAAGUUCUCAGCGCCUCGCAUAGCCCGGUUUCUGGCAUGGGCACUCAGCCACCAGCAAACACCCCCCAGAUAACCGACGACUUCAACACUGCCCGUGUCAUGCAGCCCGGCGGCGCAAAUGAUAGCGUCACAGCAAAAGUCUGGCAGGAACCGCGCCAGCGACGCCGGACAUGUUCACUAGCCAGUUCGAGGAGUGCUUCGGAGCCAGUGGCUCAGCUGAUUAAAGAACAUACCAGCCCGCAACAACCCCGGGGACUGAACGCACUUCUUGGCGGAAAGAACCAGUUGUCAGUCGCACCGAGGUCGUUUUCGCUGAGCCUCAAUCGCCAGAGAUCGGCCUCGAAUGGCUCAAAGCGCAAGCGGGACUCGAUUUCACCGAGAUUGGGUGCAGGGAAGAUGCAGGGCACGAUUCAGGUCGUGGUCUGUUCUUCGUCCUCGUCUGCGUCAGAAGGGGACCGUGACGAGCAGAGCGAGACGAGGAGCGCCACUUCACCAGGGAAGACUGUUGCUGUUGUAGCAGAGUGA